UCGAAAGCUAUCUUGAUAUAAUUAAUGUAAAUCGCAUUUUUUUUCUGCCACUUACUGCUUCGUUGCGAACUAUCAGUUUUGUUGUUAGAAUAUUUCAAAUGUGAAAAAACUAGUGAUUCUAUUUAACUUUUUUCUCUUUUUCACACCACAUCUAAAGAUGGCGGGGCUACACUUAAAUUUUAAUCAUUUGACUAACGUCCGGACUGGUAUCUCUUUCUCAAUAGGCGUAGUUGUAGUUUUAAUUUUAAGAUUACUUGACGAAAUAUUUCAGUCAUUAGUAUUACUGAGUUCCUAAAAACUGGUAAUUCUUACAUAAAAUAAAUGAAUCAUAAUUUCAACAAAAGAAUGGGAGAAAAAAUAGUUUCUGUAAGUGAACUUGUGAAAUUAGCUUGCGAAAAUUUUGAACGUAAAUUUGGCGGUGUUGCUAGAUAUUGCGGCUGUGCUCCGGGAAGAGUGAACCUUAUCGGCGAACACAUAGACUACAAUGAUGGUUUUGUUUUGCCAAUGGCUCUUCCUUUGGUGACGGUAAUGGUGGGUUGCCCAACUAAUUCUUCCAGAUGUCGAGUUCUAACACUGUCCAAUCAUGCUGACCAUUCCAUGUUUGCUGAGUUUGACCUUCCUAGUCUUGAAAGCCCAUUAAAGCCUGGAAUUCCUGCAUGGGCAAACUAUGUUAAGGGUGUUGUCGCAAAUUUUAAUGGUCAAAAUUCUCUCUGUGGUUUUGAUGCUGUGGUAUCUUCUUCGGUGCCUGUUGGAGGAGGGCUUUCGAGCUCAGCUGCUUUAGAGGCAGCAACAUAUACCUUUCUUGAGGCUCUUUGUGGUGCACUUCCAACAGUUAGCCUUACAGACAAGGCCCUCAUAUGCCAGAAGGCUGAACAUGAUUUUCCUGGAAUGCCAUGUGGAAUUAUGGACCAGUUUAUUGCAUUCAUGGGAAAAAUGGACCAUGCUCUUUUAGUUGACUGCAGGUCAUUGGAGUCCAGGCUUGUGCCAUUUAAAAACCCAGAAGUUACUAUUUUGAUUACCAACUCCAAUGUUCGUCACUCACUAACUGGCAGUGAAUACCCCACCAGAAGGAGGAACUGUGAGGAAGCAGCUAGGAUUAUGGGUAAAAAAAGUCUAAGAGAUGUAACGCUGGAGAAUUUGGAAGAUUUUCAGAACAAGUUGACAGAAGAGAUGUAUCGUCAAGUCCAUCAUGUUGUCAUGGAGAUACACCGUACCAAACAGAGUGCAGAGGCCUUAGAAGCUGGAGAUUACAAGAUGUUUGGAAAGUGGAUGUUUGAAAGUCAUGAAUCUUUAAGUAAGGACUAUAAGGUAUCCUGCCCAGAGCUUGAUGAACUUGUUAAAGUUGUAGCCAAUGUGGAAGGAGUGUAUGGAUCACGUAUGACGGGUGCAGGGUUUGGUGGAUGCACUGUUACAUUAUUGAAAACAGCUGUUGUUCAAGAAGCCAUAAAUGAGAUUAAGAGUAAGUAUCAUGGACAUCCUACGUUCUAUGUUUGCCAUCCUGGAGAUGGAGCCCGGGUUAUCAACUUAGAAUAACACAUACACUUCACUGGUCAGAACUGGUGAUGCAGCCGGUUUAUCAACUUAGAAUAAGCACAUACACUUCACUAGUCAGAACUCACAGUGGGAGAGUAAUGGCAGGGAGCACUGAGGAAUUUUUGAUUAUCUGCUGAAAUUGUCUUCCAAUCUAUGUUUUUUAAUGUUUUUACAUUCGUACAAACUCAUUUGUGGUAUUGUUUUCAGAACAUUUCUAAUCUAGAAAAAUGGUUUUCAAUAUUCAUACUGGUUUUUUAAAUUCUUGAUCUAAAUUUAGAAAUUUCCUCAACUCUGUGCUUAGUUAAAGGUAGCGUGUAGGUUUUGUUUAUAUUAUCUAUAAAAGAAAAAUAGUUCCCAAUUUGUUUUAGUUGUUAAAAAUGUAUUUUUCAUAAUUUUAUUUUUUUCAAAGCUUGUAUUAGUUUUACACCAAAGCAGUUUAUAAUUUUCACUGUGAUUUCAAUGAAAAUUUGUGUUUUAUUAGUGAAAAUUGAUUAAAGAUUUAAUUUGAACAAAAAUCUACAGCGCCUUAUUUGUGAUAAAAUCUACAGUGUCUUAUUUGUGAUUAUACAGAUUCUUGUAUAAAGAAUUACUUCACUUCACAGUAAAUUAGAAAUAAAUAAAAUGAAUGUUAGAAGGAAACUGGCAUGAAACAUAGAACAUUGCUUGU